CUAGUUGAGUAUCUAAUUUAUAAAAGCUUAAAUCAGUGUUUUCUUGAUAAAUGGAGUCUUUGCAUGGAAAAGGCACAGACAAAUCGAAAAUUAAAGAUAAUGAUGUGCAGUUUCCACUUGUGAAUAUUGUCAGGAUUAAUGUCAGGAUGAAUGUGCAAUGCGUAAUAUUAUUUCUAAUCUUUUGCUUCAAAGCAGUUGUUUGCAAUAAGUGUGGCAGCCUCAAUUAUUCAGAGCCAGCUAUCAAAGGGAGAAAUGUUACAAUCAUCUACAAGCCAAUUGAUUUAUCGGCUACUGAAGAGCCUAUCUUUUACUACGAUGAUACAAAAGCAUGGACACCUGUUGCAUCACCAAUUAUGUACAAUUUAACGUUGGACGUCUUUACCACGGUGUUUGACACAACUGUUCCGAAUAAUGGAUAUUUAAAGGCAAAGUAUCGUCAAUGCACCAGUCCGUCCAUUCUGCUCGACUUAAAAGACCUUUCUGACGGAUGUGGAUAUAUUUAUCUUCGAACACCUAAUCCUGUUGUGGGCAAAAACAUUCAAAUAGGGUACUAUCCUGCACCGGCGGUGAUUCAAUUCCCUGGUUAUUAUUGUCGUGAGUGGUAUAACAAAUCAUCUCCAAUAGCCUUGAUACCGGGUCUUGUGACUGAGGAAGAAUUGCCCAAUAAAGAGUUCGUCCUGACCAUUCACAACUCUAAUCGAUGGACGACGGGACAUUACACUGUGAAAUGUACGAAAAGGACCUACGAUAUCCGUCAUACAGAACAUGUCUAUGUUAAGGUGACAGCUCCGCCCAGCCAGCCAAUUCUUCAGUCAAAGAAAAUCGUCCAGGAAUGUCCCGAAUGCCUUGUUGGCAUAAUUGGUGAAGAGCUCGACUACCUUGUCUUUUGCAAUACAACUGGGGCCACACGCCUAUCCAUAAAAAUCGGAGAUGAGGAAGGUAAAGCGACAAGAGAUGCAAAUUCGGGGGAUAUUUACAGAAUUUCCCGAACGAUACGCGAAGAAGAUCAUAUGAAGACCGUAACCUGUAGUGUUUCCAACGCAGCGGUUGAAAAACCGUUAACAACGUCGGCUAAACUCUACGUUGCAUUUAAACUAAAGAAACCAGAACUUAAUGUACCUAUCAUGCGAGAAGGAAGUCCAGCAAAUGUCACCUGCGUUUCGAGAACAGCGAGGCCCGCCACAAACUUAAGUCUCUGGUUCCUUGGAACGUAUCCAUUACCAGUAUACCAUGUAAAAACCUACGACACAUCAACAAGAACGUAUACAACAACGAUUACUCUUAACAAACCAGCCAGAAAAGAUUGGAAUAGAAAGUAUGUGGUUUGCAAAGCAUCUUCACCGCUUUUUGAAGAAAAGGAGACUCAAUGGAAGAAAAUAAAUUGCAUUUAUCCACCAUCGACGCUACAAAUGAAUAAACCAAGACAACCAGCCCGUUUGCAAGACAUUUAUAAUCUCGAAUUUAGUUGCUUCAUAGACAACUAUAAUGACUUUUGUUGGAUUUCAUGGACGAAAGAUGGCCAAUCUUUUGCAAACGGAAACAGGACAGACAGAAUACACAAUUCGUCUGUGAUGGUGUUCACGAAUGUCAGUAAAGAGAAUAACGGUCAAAACAUUACCUGCAGUGUCACUUGCUCCAACAUCGAAGUUGAGCUGUACAAGUCGCAUAUUGUACAAGUACCAUAUCAACCAAUCGUUCACUUGUCGGUUAAGGACGAACUAAUAAUAAACGCUCGUGGCACAUCCAAAGUAACUUGCACUGCAAAGAGUCUACCACUUUCGGAUAUUGUUUGGUCGGUUAACGGAGACACACAAAUCCAUGUUUGCAAUAAAUCCCAGGAAUGUGGGAUUCAUAUAAACCCAUUGAACAUAACUGAACAUAGAAACUACACAUGCACAGCAUAUUUCAAAUUCGGAACACAAGGCACAAGUGCGACUAGUUCAUUUCUUGCAGUUCGGAGAGGUGAAGAUUCGUCAUUGACCACCGACAGUAAAGGUAUAUCCAUAGAGUGGAUUGUCGUUGGACUGGUUGGUUUGUUAGCGGUUGUAAUUAUUUCAACAGCAAUUGUCUUGACAAGAAAAUUGUUUCUGAAAGAGAAUACUCACGGAAAUCUGAAUGAACAUCAGCUUGUCCAACAUGCAAACGUGCAGGAAAAUGAAAAAGAAGAGCUGAACGAAGACCCUACAUACGCCCAAGUUGACAAAACCAGAAAAACAAGACCAGAAAGAGAGGAGUGUAAAGCGAAGGGUUUAGAUAGCGAGCUAGUUUAUGCCGAUCUUGACAUCGAACAUUUGGAGAAAGCCAGAAAACUAACGUCGAGACAGAGGGAGACAACUCCAACAGUAUAUGAUGACGUUGACUUUACUAGAACAAAAAGCGGAUCAAACAAAUGAAUGUACGGAAAGAUAAACACCAACUGCGUUCUUCUGUAUUUGUUAAAGUAUCUGUAAAUAUCAUAAAUUAGUCUUAGAAAUGGCAUUUACCAAG